CGCCCGGAUUAAAUCCCAAUGAAAUUGUACUUCAAGCCUCGCCUACUAUUCUCCUACGCCUCAUUGCCCAAACGUGGUCUGCACGUACACCAAAUGAAAAUUAUGGCGCAGUGAUGCUGCUCUCCGAUACCGUAUUCCCAUUUGUACUGCCCCAUGGCCACACUAUGUAAAACGACACAUGCACAGCAUCAUUCCAUAUCGAAAGCCUUCAAUUUGAAGCUAAGAACUAUCAAAAUACUCGAAUUUAUCUACCGCAAGGUAUAAUUCGUUAGAAUGUUCUGUCGAAGUUGCACCGCUUCGAUCCAAGCUGCUUUCGAUAGCUUAAAUCGCGCACGUUCUGGGAACCAAGAUUGUCAAUCUGAAACCAUAUUCCAUGAAUCUCAGCCGUCAGAUCUAUAUGGGGAAGGCUGUUGGAUCUGUCAGCAAAUGCGGACAUUAUCGUUGGAACACGAGAUCGACUACCAAAUUAGCAACUCCACAGAGCACAGGAGUCGCUUGACAGUGGGUUCCGAAUUCCGAAACAAUGUGCAGAAGGUUAGAAAAUCGAGGGUUGAACUAUACAUGUUCAGCCAGGAAAACUACCUCAUCCUUACAAUGAUGGUAACUGAAGACCCCCAGUUGGAACUUCAUGGCCCCCUUCUAUUGGACUUCAAUCUCUCACAAGCAUCAAACUAUGCAGCAGUUUCAGGAACUGCUUUGAAACCGUAUUUCACGAGCAGAACUACUUCAGCGAUGGCAAAUUCUAGAUUGUGGGGUCAGUGGAUCCAUACCUGUUCAGAGUCUCACAGAAGGUGCCGUGAUUUGGACCAGAGGUUACGACCAUUUUUGCCUGAUAGACUGAUCGAAAUAUUCACUCAAGAUAAUGGAGCCUCUUUCACUUGGAAACUUGUUUUCCGUGCCGACUUUGGCAACGUCAGAUACCUUACUCUCAGCCACUGCUGGGGUUCAUCUACGCACACAAGCCUAACAAGUAGGAAUAUCUCUGCUUAUUCAAAGCUCAGCACUUAUUCUAGACUCCCAAAAUCCUUCCAGCAUGCAUUUCACAUAACCUUCUCGUUGGGGUUUCAAUUUAUUUGGAUCGAUUCGCUAUGUAUUGUUCAAGACGACCUAAAGGAUUGGAAAUCUCAAGCCUCGAUGAUGGGAUCGGUCUAUAAGCAUGCUUCUUGCAAUAUCGCGGCAACGUGGGCAGCAGAUGGAAAUGAUGGCUGCUUUGCAAAAAGAGAAUCCAGGAUACUCCCACUGGAUCUCGGAUACGGCCAAUCGACAGAAUACCAGGUAGAUAUGCCAAAUCUCUACUACGAUGAUCUUAUGGCAGCUCCUUUAAACACACGUGGAUGGGUCACCCAGGAGCGCUUCCUAGCAAGAAAACAGCUCAGUUUUGCCAAAAGCCAGAUAUAUUGGGAAUGCCGAGAACUUGUUGCUUCUGAACAAUAUCCCGCAGGUAUCCCACAGAGUUUGAUGGACUCCUCUGGACCCAACCAAGCGGCUCCACUUACCGGAAAACCAACCUUAGAUGUUACGACUGAUCUGGAACGUCGUGUCGCCUGGGCUGCGCUGGUGGACUUUUACUCGAAUUGCCACUUUUCUAGAGUGUCCGACAAAAUGAUUGCCCUUGCUGGCUUAGCAGAAGAGAUGAGGAAUAUAACGGCGGACAUAUAUCUUGCAGGGCUCUGGAAGAGAGAUCUUCAAAGUCAGUUGUGCUGGUCGACAGAUUUCGAUAUGCGGAGGAGAGAAAAUCGGUCUACAGUACCGACCUACCUGGCGCCUACCUGGUCUUGGGCAAAUGUGGAUGGACCGGUGAUCAGUGAUCACAGGUACAGUCAUACCAACACUCAAUAUGCAUCUUUGGCUGAGGUCUUGGACGCGUCCGUUAGCUCAGAACACAUAUCAGGGCUACACAGCUUUGUUUCAUCGAGAUUGGUUCUGCGAGGGAUUGCAGGGUGGGCUCGGGUUAUGAGGACAGAUAUAUAUUCUGACGAUUUUUAUGACGAUGAAUGGAUAAUUCAAUCGACUGGUUUCGACGACAGUUCUGAAGCUUUAUUAACCGCGGGUAUCCAUGUAGGGAUUCAUUGGGACAAGAAUAUGUCUGGAUCCGAGAUAGAUCCGGGAAGAUGGCCAGUUUUCCUUGAAGAACGAAACUCCAAUUUCCUCUUUAUGUUUGUGUAUAUUAAUAUCGAGAGUUCAGACAUCGUUGGUUUGCUAUUAAGAAGGCUGCCUGAAACAGCAGAUGAGGUUACAUAUGUCAGAAUGGGCAUCUUUUCUGACUGGCUUGAUGGCAGCCUUUCUAGUUCACUUCUUUCACGACUUGGAUUUCCGUCUGGAGAGUCUAUUGUUGAAGAUAUAGAUCUUGAUAAUGCUAGCUUGGCGGGCCUAGUUCACACUAUCAAUGUUAUUUAGUGCGGUAGGAGCGAGUACGGAAACAAGUAUAACGAAACAGCUACGGGUUAGUACUGGCAUCAUGUUUUCAGCACAUUUGAAAUACUAGGUCAUUAUCCGCCGUGUAAUGCUACGCGGCGGAUCACUUUACGCAAAUAAGCUAGUUAUCCAUUGAAUCAACUCAAUGCAAGCUGCAAAUGCACAGCUCGCAAUGCGCUGCAGUAUAUCCUUUUCAAAGUAUAGCUUAAUAUAGUAGACUGGC